UCAUCUCAGCAUACCGAAUGUGAUCUCUCAUUCAAAGAUGCAGAUCGUAUCAAAUCCCAUGAAUGUUGAAGCAUUUGAGGUUUCAAACCAUUCCAAACGGAGAGAGACAAGGAGAGGUUUACCAUGAUAAAAGGCAUGGAGGUGACAGCGGAUCCUGGGCCGAAUGAUCGUUCUGUCCUGACAUUGCAAGCCUCGCACAGGAGUGAGGAUGUUUGGCUUGGCCUCGAUGUUCAGGUGGAUAGGUGCCGCGAGCACCUGCGGGGUUUGUCGCAUAUGCACGUGGACGACAGAGUACUUGCAUAUGUUCGUGCUGCGGGUUUUUAUGGUCUGCACAGAUUGGUGACUACUGUCCCUCUCGAUAGAGCGCUACUCACUGCUCUUCUUGAGCAUUGGAGGCAGGAGACACACACAUUUCACCUCCCUGUUGGUGAGGUGACAGUGACCUUGGUAGAUGUUGCUGUACCAUAGUUACAUAAAUCGCUGAAGACCCUGUGAUCUGCAUUUCGAACGAUCCGUACCCAAUUGCGAUUCGAAAGCGUUCCAAACGCUACAGGGAUCGCUUUCCGAUACGGUUCCCAGGUCGUUCCCAAUCGCUUAAGAAUGUGUUCGCAUCUGCCCUCCAUGUCGUUCGCAAAUGGUCUCCAGGUCGUUCACAACUGGUCUCCAGGCCGUUCUCAAACGCUAUCAACAAUCACCGUUUCCUUUUCUUUUUCUGCUCUAGGUCAUCAACGGGGUCGAACCAGAGUACCAAACUCUUUUUAUUCCUACGCCACUUACUCUUCCCAUUGUCGCCUAUUUAAUGGAGUGAAAUUCAUUUUUCUGUUUUAAACUUUUAAUUAAUGUUUCUGUGUUUUCAAUUGAGUCUAGAGUUUCUACGUGGCACAAUUUUAAUGUUAUUUAUUUUGUUUAAUUCUAUGAAAUCAUGUUAUGAAAUCUGUUUUUAUUUAAUUUUAUGAAAUCUUUAAUUCAAUUUUAUUAUAGUACCAAAACUUAAGGUACAUCGUACUAAACGCGUACCGAACGCGUACCGAAAUGAACCUACCCCCCUCCGAAUCGGAUACGCUAGAUCUAGCGAACCGCGUUCCCGUUCCUCGUUCCCGUAUCGAACUGUACCACGAACCAUGUGACUAUGUGUCGUACUUACUGGGCUACAGGUUGACGGGAGAGCUGUUACAGGCACUGCUUGUCGACAGUGGGUAGAUGAGUGUGAGUAGUUGUUAGGUGUCCGCCCCCUUCUUCGGACUAGCCUUCAGGGGUCAUCCCUGAGGAUGUCAUGGUUAAGGGAGCACUUCCAGGUGCUUCAUUUGGACGCUGAUGAGGUGAUGAUCCAGCAACAUGCGCAGGCAUAUAUGUUGAUGAUGAUGGGAGCCUCCAUUUUCGCUGACAAGAGCGGAAAUGAGAUUUAGGUGCUGCACUUGCCUAUGCUAGAGAGGUUUGAUGUAGGAGCACAGUUCAGCUGGGGUAGUGUCAUGCUGGCUUAUCUCUACAAACAACUGUGUCGCGGCUGCCAUAGAGGGAGCAUAGAGCUUGGAGGAUUUUUGCUACUCCUCAAGAUUUGGUCAUGGGAGUAUAUCCACAUUGGGCAUCCCCUUUGAGUCGCAUAUCAUGGCAUUGAUGGACACCCACUCCCUGAUGAGCCUCCACGUCUUCUGGGACCACAUCAUGUACGGGGCGAGGACCCUCUAAGUCGUCAAUGGCUAUUUGUUGGUCUAAGUCGCAUGUCAUCCGCUACUGGGCUCGGUGUCUACAGGGAUGCAUUUGAUCGGAUGUCUGAGGAUCAGAUUACAUGGAUGCCGUAUACAGCUGAGAUGUUUGCAGAGUUGCCCCCAACUGGAAGAGAGCAUAGUCACAUAUGGCGAGCACGUGUGCCAUUGAUAUGUUUUGACAUUGUUGGGCUUCAUUUGCCUGAUCCAGUCUUGCGAUAGUUUGGGUUUGAGCAGGUCAUUCCACGGCCUAUCGACACUUAUGUAGAGCUUCAUAGGUUGGAUAGGCGUGGGAAGCAUACGGAGGAUUGGGCACUCAGACAUGUCCGAUACGUCGCUCUGUGGGACAGGCGAGCUGAGCUAGUUGUGACUGGGACACCGACAUUUGUCCCAUCUGUUUCAGGAGACUACAUGGGAUGGUAUUACAGCAUCACUCGUUUCUUUGUGUCUCCUUCGUUCAGACUCCCUACUCAUCGUUAUCAGCCUAGCUCCUUGGCUUUGCAUCUUACGACACGAGCUUUGUAGCGUAUACAUCAGCGGGCUACUGCCACAGUGAGUGAUACUCAUGAUGUGGACAUGUAUGGACAAACUCUGACAGGCAUUGUCUCCUUGUGUUCAGAUGUGUUGAGGCGAUUCGACUACGGCCAUCUUAUACACAUGCCCCCAUCUCAGGAGAUGCAAUCGACGUCUAGCGCAGCGGCGGCUUCAUCAUCCCAGACGUAGCAUGAGAGAGUGGUUCUUCAACCACGACCACGACAUAGGCGUAGACAUCAGCAGCAACAUCUCCAUGACCACGAUGAUCAAGAUGACCAUGAGAACUUGUAGUUUGCCUUUUGUAUUGCAGUUUUUCUUGUACAGUAGAUGUUGUAGGAACAAUUUACAACAUUUUACGUAUUUUCUCUUCUAAACUCUUGUAUGUUGUCUUGAUGUGUUCGAGUAUGAAUAUUAGAUGAUUACUUGUUAUGAAUAUUGGAUGAUUGUACUGUGUUUACCGGUUAUGAAUCUAAGGUUUUGUAUUCGAUUUGUAAAGGGUCUUUACAGGGUGUUUUGUAUGUUGUUGAG